AUGGAUGACGAAACAAUCAAGAUAAUUGUGCAGGUGCAUGCUGGAGAGGUAAGAGAUGCUUGCACGAGGGUCAAUCCAGAAAUAUGGUUCCCAAAGAGCUCCAGCGCACGGGAAGGUGCGAGGCGGAAUCCGUCAACACAGCUGUACGCGGCUGCCCCCCUCCCCCCACUCUCCAUUCCGCCCGGCCGCUCUGUCUUAGCUCAGCAGCCAUCCGACAUGGAGGUGCCCAUUGUUGUUCCCGCCAAAGAGGACCGAGUCGUGGCCAGUGUCUUCGGCAUCGGACGAUCGACAGUGAAUGGCAUUUACAAGGAGUUUUGCGAAGCCGUCGUGUCUUUAUUGGAAAGCAACUGGAUCAAUAUGCUCAGUCAGUCUGAUAUUGCGGAACACAUUCGGGAAUUCGCAGCCGUCAGUGACUUUCCACAAGUUGUAGGAGCCCUUGACGGGUGCCACUUCCCAGUUUCACCGCCACAAGAACAUGCCACUGAUUAUUAUAACUACAAGGGGUGGUACAGCAUUAUUCUUCUGGCCCUUGUAGACCACAGGUACCGUUUCAGGUUUAUAAAUGUUGGUGCCCCUGGCAGAUGCCACGACUCUCAUGUGUAUCAAAUGUCAAGCCUCUCCCAUAUGGUUGAGGGUCCCCUGUUCAAGAAUCCGGUCGCUACAAUAGGAGGAGUUGCUGUGCCACCUCUGGUGCUUUGUGACCAGGCCUUCCCACUUACACCUAACCUCAUCAAGCCCUUUGGACACAACGACCCACUUCGUGCAGAGCAGAAAAAUUUUAAUUACCACAUCAGCCGAGUGAGACGUGUAGUGGAAAACGCCUUUGCAAGACUUAAAGCAAGAUUUCGCUUCACGUCGAAGAGAAUGGAAUGCGACAUCGCAAAUGCUAGCCUGGUGAUUCGCGCAUGCUGCGUGCUCAACAACAUUUGCGAAGAUUUUAGUGAUGCUGUUCCGCUUCAAUGGCUCCAGGAAGUUCAGCAGUCAGACUCCCAACUGCCACAACCAGAACGCAGCAGCGAUUCACAGAUUGGGAACGCGGACAGUGUGCGUUCUGCACUUGUAGAUUAUUUCAGCCAGCGGAUGCAGACCCAGCCAACUCGUUCCUAGAAAUAGCCUUGCGUUAACAGUUGUAAAUCAAAAGAGUGACAUUUUUACUGCCUCAUAUUUUAUUAAUAAAACUAACGAGGGCACUGACA